UUAGGGUGUCGCCGGUCGCGCUGGCUCCUAUUCGAAGGCGACGGCGGUCGUCUGGCUCGGUCUCUUCGGCUCGCGCGCGCGCACACACACACCCACCGCACAACAACGGACAACAAAAACAAAACAACAACGGAUAAUAAAUCUAAACAGAGCGAGAUCUCGAGUCCGGAGGAGGGAGGGUGAGAUGAGAUGACGGCGCGGUGGUGCUGUUGGUGAUAGGAACCCGGCUGGAGGAGACGAUUUUUAGUUUCUGGGAGCCAUUUUGUCCUGAAGUGUGUGUGUGUGUGUGUGUGUGAGGAAUAAACAGGAAAAGACGAAAAGCGGCAGCGAGAAGGCUGAGGUGGUGGUGGUUUUAGUCGUGUGUGUGUGUUCGUUCAGGAGUGUGAGCGAAUUAAUAUAGUAAUAAAACUAACAGCGCGGACGGUUUAACCGUUUUCGCUCGCGCUACGAGAAACUAGCCAGGCUAGCGUUAGCUUAGCACGAGCGCCCAGGCUAAGCUAGUCAGGGAGGGAGAGAGAGAGAGGAAUUCUCUGCGUAACAGAGUGUGUGUGUGUGUUAUAGUUUAAUUUUUCUGGAUACUCUGACCGUGUGUGUGUGGAUAUUAUUCAAUCGUUGUCCAAAUCGUGACACAAAUAUAGCUAUAUAUAUAAAUAUAAUAAAUUAAAUCAGUAAGAAAGCAUCAUGGCGAAGAAGACGUACGACCUGCUGUUCAAGCUGCUCCUGAUCGGGGACUCCGGCGUGGGGAAGACCUGCGUGCUGUUCCGCUUCUCAGACGACGCCUUUAACACCACCUUCAUCUCCACCAUAGGAAUCGAUUUUAAGAUCAAAACAGUCGAGCUGCACGGAAAGAAGAUAAAGCUACAGAUCUGGGACACGGCGGGUCAGGAGCGGUUCCACACCAUCACCACCUCCUACUACAGAGGAGCCAUGGGCAUCAUGCUCGUCUACGACAUCAGCAACGCCAAGAGCUUCGAGAACAUCAGCAAGUGGCUGAGGAACAUCGACGAGCACGCCAAUGAGGAUGUGGAGAGAAUGCUGCUAGGCAACAAGUGCGACAUGGAGGACAAGCGAGUCGUACCAAAGGCCAAAGGAGAACAGAUUGCCAGGGAACACGGAAUCCGUUUCUUUGAGACGAGCGCGAAAGCCAACAUCAACAUCGAGAAGGCCUUCAUCACGUUAGCAGAAGACAUCCUCAGAAAGACGCCUGUAAAAGAGCCCAACAGUGAAAACGUCGACAUCAGCUCCGGAGGCGGAGUCACAGGAUGGAAGACCAAGUGUUGCAGUUGAACAGACCAUCCCACACACACACACACACACACAUAUAUACACAUACACACGAGUGCGCGUUCACGAGCAUGUGUCCACACACACACACACACACACACACACACACACACACUCAGACGUACCUAUACACGCAUACACAUGCAGUUUCUUCUCUUGUUUCUUCAUCUCACUGACACACACACACACACACACACUCCUUUCCUCCUCCUUCUUUGUAUCUAACUCCUCCUCCUCCUGUCGCAAUCUCUCACCAUCUCUCUCUCUUUCUCUUUCUCUUUCUCUCUCUUUCUCUCUCCCCCCCCCUCCUCCUCUUCACUCACAUCUGCUUUGCUGUCAGUUUUUAAUUUCUGCAGACGACAAAAAAAAAACAACAGUUGUAUAGAUAAAAAGAGAAACCAG